AUGACUUCCAUUGAGAAGAUUCCCGAUACUGAUGUGGAGCGAGUCAAUUCCAUCGACCGCGCGAAGAAUGUCGUCGAGGUCAAAGUGGUCAAAGGCUCCGAAGCCUACAAUGAGGCCCUCCUGAAAGAGCCUGUAAAGUGGACAGAAGGCCGGCAGCUUAUCCUGUUCGCUUGUCUCCUGGUCGGCUUCUUUUGCCAGACCAUGAACGGCUUCGACUCUAUGCUGCUGGGUGGUAUCCUAGCCAACAAACGCUUCCUCAAGCACUUCAACGGCGAGAACAAGGGAAUCUGGGCGGGCUUGAUCUCCAGCAUGUUUCAGAUUGGUGGUGUCUCCGCGCUUCCUUUCGUUGGUCCAGCUAUUGAUACCUUCGGCCGUCGUGUUGGUAUGGUCAUUGGUAGCGUUGCCAUCGUUCUUGGAACUGUGAUCAUGGCAUUGACCUCGACCAAUGCCUCCGAGGGCCAAUUCAUGGGUGGCCGUUUCUUCGUUGGAUGGGGCGUCAGCAUUGCUGCAGCUGCAGGACCGAUUUGGGUGGUCGAGACUGCGCAUCCUCGUUUCCGUGGUGUUAUCACUGGGUUGUGCAACUGCACCUGGCUUGUCGGCGCGAUCCUCGCAUCUGGCGCAACCCGCGGCGGCAUUGAACUCGAGGGCAAUCAAUCCUGGAUCCUGCCGCUCUGGCUCCAGCUCUUCUUCCCGGGUUUGAUUCUCAGUUUUGCUUUCUUCAUCCCUGAGUCCCCACGAUGGUACUACGCCCAUGGCAAGCAGGAGUCUGCUGUCAAGAUGUUGGCCAAGUGGCACGGCAAUGGCAAUCGCGAUUCGGCGUGGGUCAAGCUCCAGCUCGCUGAGUACGAGUCCAGCAUUGAGCGUGACAGCUACGACAAGCGCUGGUGGGACUACCGUGGACUGUUCAACACCCGUGCCAGCAUCUACCGACUCAUGGUUGCUUGCUGGUUCAGUGCUUUCUCUCAAUGGUGUGGUAAUGGUCCUCUUUCCUACUUCAUGGCAGCUGUCCUCGAUACCAUUGGUAUCAACACUGAGGUUGGCAAGACCAAUGUCGGCCUGGGCUAUAAUUGCGUUCAGUUCGCAGCUGCCACUGUAGGCUCGUUCUUCGUCGAGAAAUUCGGUCGUCGCAAGCUUAUGCUUGCUGGCUUCUUCGGGACUAGCAUCAUUUGGAUAUGCAUGACUGGCGCCGCUGGCAGCCUCAACAGCCACCUCGUGUCAGGAAGCGCCAAGGACGGUGACGCCGUUUAUGACAACGACUCCGCUGCGAACGCUGUACUUGGCUUCAUCUUCAUAUUCGGGAUCGUGUACUCGUUCAACAUCACACCUUUGCAGUCGCUGUACCCAGUCGAGAACCUGUCCUUCGAGAUCCGUGCGAAGGGUAUGGCAUUCCAGUCCUUCUUCAUUGCGUGGAAGACAUAUAUCAUCUUCAUCGUCUGGUGUGCUGCUCAAGGUGUUGUUGCGUACUUCUGCUUCCCUGAGACACGCAGACGCACCCUUGAGGAACUUAACGACAUUUACAACGCUCCGAACCCGGUCAAGUUCUCAAUCGCCACCCACAAGCUUGCACUCAACGAGGACAAGACUGUCGUUGCUGUCGAUGAGGAUGCUGCUGCCAUGCAGAUGUGA